GAUCAUCUUCGGCAGGCCUAAUGCAACCUUUUUGGCCGCUCUGAGAAACAAAGCAGAGAACAGUAAAAGAUAGAAUGGGGAUACCUUCAUUCUACCGUUGGUUGGUAGAGAGAUACCCACUCUCAGUCGUCGGAGUAAUGGAGGAAACUCCGGCCAUCGUCAAUGGCGUUAAGGUCCCAAUUGACACGAGCCAACGAAACCCUAAUGGCAUCGAAUUCGACAACCUCUAUCUUGAUUUGAAUGGAAUUAUUCAUCCAUGUUUCCAUCCAGAAGGCCUGCCUCCUCCGGCGACGUAUGAUGAGGUAUUCAAGGCGGUGUGCAAGUAUAUUGAUAGAAUCUUCUCAAUCGUUAGACCUCGGAAACUUCUAUACUUGGCAAUUGAUGGUGUUGCACCACGUGCUAAGAUGAAUCAGCAGCGUGCAAGGCGUUUCAGAGCUGCUAAAGAUGCAGCUGAUGAAGCCUCUGUAAAAGAGAGGUUCAGAGGGCUCCGUAGAUUGGAAGGGGAAAUCUUAGCUACCCAAAAGCUGGAUUCAAAUGUUAUUACACCUGGAACUGAAUUCAUGGCCUUGUUGUCUUUGGCUCUUCGUUACUUCGUACACAUGAGAAUGAACAAGGAUCCUGGAUGGCGGGGAAUCAAGGUUAUUCUUUCUGAUGCCAGUGUACCUGGUGAGGGGGAACAUAAGAUAAUGUCUUACAUCCGAUUGCAAAGAAAUCUACCUGGAUAUGAUCCAAACACAAGACAUUGUUUGUAUGGAUUGGAUGCAGACUUAAUCAUGCUUGCAUUGGCUUCCCAUGAAAUCCACUUCUCAAUAUUAAGAGAGGAUGUCCGCAAGGAACUAACAAAUCAUAGAAAUUCAAAACAAAAUAUGUGGAAAACAAGGGGUGUGUUAGGGCAAGGGAAAUUUUGUAUCAAGAAUGUAGAGGACUUCAUCGUAAGGCAAAAGUUUCAGUUUCUCAACAUAUGGGUACUCAGGGACUACCUAGCACAUGACCUACUGAUACGAGAUCCAGCUGUGAAACCAGAUUUUGAGCGUUUGAUAGAUGACUUUGUCUUCAUGUGUUUAUUUGUUGGAAAUGACUUUCUACCCCAUGUGCCAUCGCUGGAGAUAUCGGAGUUUUCUUCUAG